AAAUGUAAGAUCGGCUGACUUUUCACAAGCUUUGAUGUCACCAUGUUUUUUGGAUAACACUUUUACCUCAAAAAGUUGUACCUAUCUUCCUGAUGUGGAUAUUUUUGACCGUUGAUUGAAUAACGGUUUUUUUUUUAAAUCGUAAAGCGCGCGAUGCCUGAAGCUCUGGCUCAUGAGGAAGAAACUGUGGCCGUGACGUUUCCGUCCGCGAGCCACUCGCCAGAUGAAAAGAUGAGCGGCGCGUGCUACACCAACCACACAUUUGAAUACGAUGAUGGGAGCACGCGCACCGCGCGCCUGAGUCCCACAUGUGGCCCCAGUUGUGGGGGCAAAGGGGUGGUCUUAAAUGUGCAGGACCUUGAGAUGACCACUGGACCAUCAGCGGUUCCUUCCCUUCAAACCUACUUUCGGUUCCGAGACCUGUUACUAGGAGACCAGACGUUUCAUGAUGACAGGGUCCAUGUGGAGUUUUAUGUGGAUGAGAACACGUUUAAAGAGAGACUCAAACUUUUCUUCAUCAAAAACCAAAGAUCCAGUUUAAGGAUUCGAAUAUUUAACUUCUGCCUGAAGCUGUUAACAUGUGUUCUCUACAUCAUACGAGUCAUGACGGACAAUCCGGCCCAGCUCCGCCACACAUGCGUCAACUGCAACAGCACCACGCAGACCAACGAGAUCAACUGGGAGCUGAUAUUCUGGGUCGACAGAAAAGUACCAGUGUGGGCCAUUCAGGUGAUCGUAGCAUCCAUCAGUUUCAUGGAGGCCAUGUUGCUAAUGUACCUCAGCUACAAGGGUAAUAUAUGGGAGCAGAUAUUUCAGGUGUCCUUUCUGUUGGAGAUGCUAAAUACUGUCCCGUUCAUCAUAACGAUCUUCUGGCCUCCACUCAGAAACCUGUUUAUCCCAGUGUUCCUCAACUGCUGGCUGGCCAAGUGUGCCCUGGAGAGCAUGAUAAAUGAUCUGCACCGGGCGAUUCAAAGAACACACUCGGCCAUGUUCAACCAGGUUCUCAUUCUUAUCUGCACUCUUUUAUGUCUCGUUUUCACCGGCACAUGUGGUAUCCAGCAUUUAGAACGUGCUGGUAGGAAGAGUCUAUCUCUCUUUAACGCUUUGUAUUUUUGCAUCGUGACCUUCUCUACGGUGGGCUUCGGCGAUGUGACGCCACAGAUUUGGCCGUCUCAGCUGCUGGUGGUGGUGAUGAUCUGUGUGGCCCUGGUGGUGCUGCCUCUACAGUUCGAGGAGCUGAUCUAUCUGUGGAUGGAAAGGCAGAAAUCUGGGGGAAACUACAGCAGACAUCGGGCUCAGACGGAGAGACACGUGGUCUUAUGUGUCAGCACUCUCAAAAUCGAUCUGCUCAUGGACUUUCUUAAUGAAUUCUACGCUCACCCACACACACAGGAUUACUACGUGGUCAUCUUGUGUCCAUGUGAGGUGGAUGUCCAGGUGAGGAGGAUUUUGCAGAUUCCGCUGUGGUCACAGAGAGUCAUAUACCUUCAAGGCUCCGCCCUCAAAAACCAGGAUUUACUGAGAGCCAAAAUGGAUGAUGCGGAAGCAUGUUUCAUUCUUAGCAGCAGGAAUGAAGCUGAUCGCAUGGCGGCAGAUCACCAGACUAUCCUGAGGGCCUGGGCUGUGAAAGACUUCGCUCCAAACUGCCCUCUUUACGUCCAGAUUCUCAAACCCGAAAACAAGUUCCAUGUCAAAUUUGCAGCAUGUCCGUUUAUUUCCACAGAUCACGUUGUGUGUGAAGAAGAGUUUAAAUACGCCAUGUUGGCUCUGAAUUGUCUGUGUCCGGCCACCUCUACGCUGAUCACUUUACUGGUCCACACAUCUCGCGGACAAGAGGGGCAGCAGUCUCCGGAGCAGUGGCAGAGGAUGUACGGCCGUUGUUCGGGUAAUGAGGUGUAUCAUAUUCGCCUGGGUGACAGUAUGUUCUUCAGAGAGUACAACAGCAAAAGCUUUACCUACGCUGCCUUUCACGCUCACAAGAAGUACGGUGUGUGUAUGAUCGGCGUGAAGAGAGAAGAUAACAAAAGCAUCUUGUUGAAUCCUGGACCACGCCACAUCAUGUCUACCAGCGACACCUGCUACUACAUCAACAUCACGAAGGAGGAAAACUCCGCCUUCAUCUUCAGACAGGAAGAAGAUCAGGGAAAGGGGAGGGGCCACUGUGACAUUUUAAACAGCCCGUCUGGCCUACCUGUUCAUAGUAUUAUUGCUAGCAUGGGAACGGUUGCCAUGGAUUUCCAAAACACCAGUCCCACUGAGAGCAGCGUCAAACUGGCCCCGCCCCCAGAAAACGAACAAGGAAGUCGACGCCCAAGCAUAGCGCCUGUUCUGGAGAUCGCUGACUCCGCCUCCUUACUGCCAUGUGAUCUGCUCAGUGACCAAUCAGAGGAUGAGGCGGGACACUCAGAUGAAGAUGUAACAGCUAAUGAAUUUGUGAAAGGAUAUCCUCCAAAUUCUCCAUACAUUGGGAGCUCCCCGACUCUUUGCCAUCUCUUACCCCAGAAAGCCCCUUUCUGCUGUUUACGGCUUGACCAGGUGAGCACCAGCUUCCACAAGGGCUGUGAGCAUGUUACCUUUGAAGACGCAAAAGCAUAUGGCUUCAAAAACAAGCUCAUCAUCGUUUCCGCUGAGACGGCUGGAAAUGGUCUUUACAACUUCAUAGUGCCUUUAAGAGCCUAUUACAGACCCAGAAGGGAACUCAACCCUAUAGUGCUGCUGUUGGACAACCUACCCGAUGACCACUUCCUUGAGGCCAUAUCCUGCUUCCCAAUGGUGUAUUAUAUGGGUGGCACCAUUGACAAUUUGGACAGCCUAUUGCAGUGUGGCGUUCUGUAUGCUGAUAAUCUAGUGGUGGUGGACAAAGAAAGCACUAUGAGUGCAGAGGAAGACUAUAUGGCUGACGCUAAAACUAUCGUCAAUGUGCAGACCAUGUUCAGGUUGUUUCCAAGUCUCAGUAUAAUCACAGAACUGACUCACCCGUCAAACAUGAGAUUCAUGCAGUUCAGAGCGAAGGACUGUUACUCCCUCGCCCUGUCCAAACUAGAGAAGAAGGAACGUGACAAAGGCUCGAAUCUCGCCUUUAUGUUCCGUCUUCCAUUUGCUGCUGGUCGAGUCUUUAGCAUCAGUAUGCUGGACACACUCCUGUACCAGUGCUUUGUGAAGGACUACAUGAUCCCAAUAGCCAGAUUACUGCUGGGAUUGGACACCACACCUGGAUCAGGGUACCUGUGUGCUAUGCAUGUAUGCGAGGCUGACCUCUGGAUCCGCACAUACGGGAGACUCUUCCAGAAGUUCUGCUCGUCUAGUUCAGAGAUUCCCAUCGGAAUUUACCGCACAGAAUCACACGCACCCCCUGAGUUUCAAGGUUCAGUCAGCAACGAGGGGUUAAACGACACCAGGGAGAAGGGGGAGGAGUCAAAGAUCCUCACCCGGAGCUCCUCCAGCAGUGACCAAUCGGACCACCCGCUCCUGAGAAAGAAGAGCAUGUACUGGACGAGGCGUCUCAGUAGGCGGAGCGUGAAGAGGAGUGACUCCUCCCUCAGCUCCAUUCAGCAGCGUCUGGGCGUGCUACGGCGCUCGGAAAGGGAGGAGCUUACGGAACUGGUCAGGAACCGCAUGCAGCACUUGGGUCUUCACACAGCUGGAUACAAAGAUGUCACAAAUCUAACAGCCAGUGAUGUGAUGAACAGAGUUAAUUUGGGGUAUUUGCAAGAUGAGUUGAAUGACCAGCAGAACUCCAUCUCUUAUGUGCUCAUAAACCCCGCCCCCGACACACUGCUGCAGCUCAAUGAUGUUGUGUUCCUGAUCCGUCCGGAUCCACUGGCUCAUGUACCCGAAGCGCCGCCUGCACAGAACCGCCGGUGCCGGUCCAUGACUGACACACCAGAACUCAACUAGAUUUAAAGGGUUAGUUAAUCUGAAAAUGAAAAUUAUCCCAUGAUUCACUCACCCUCAAGCCAUCCUCCUUCUUUUAGACAAACACAAUCAGAGAUAUAUUUAAAAAUAUCCUGGCUCUUCCAAG